CUUCAAAACGAGCUGUGGAGGAGCAAUUUAUACAGAGACACCAAACAUCUACGGAAUGGAGUGUAAGCCGAUCAUCAAAGCCCUUAUCAUAUUGGUUUUCAUUGAAACUGUAAUCGCGGUUACAACCCUCACCGAUGUGAAAGCUAUUCGCCGCCGCUACAAGAAGAGAACAUACGGUGAUGGCACAUACUACGGUACCUACCCAGGAGGGGGUAAAUGUACCCUCGAUCCGCUGUCACCGAUGGCCACUCAAGACAACUGGAUUCGCGUUGCUGCCGGGCCGGGUACCUUUCAGCAGUCACUUGGGUGUGGCAUGUGUCUGGAGAUCACCGGCAAGGGCGAAGGCAGCGGACUUGACCCCAUCAAAGGGAAAAGAAAGACUGUGAUAGUUGAUUUAUGCGCGGGUGGCUGUGGACAAACCGGAAUCGAUUUCUACACACCCGGUGACGGCCGAUGGAAGAUUGAUUACAAAGCCAUCGAUUGCCCAACCAUUCCAGGAGCCAAUGGAAAAAUACAGUUUCGUUUCCAAGGAAGCAACCCUUGGUACAUCAAACUACAGGCCAGAAACACCAAAGUGCCGACAGCCGGAAUAGAAGUUAUUGUCAAAGACAAGUACCACUGCUUGACUCGUGUCAGCGACAACUUUUUCGUCGGCUCGGGGCUGGGUAAAUUCUCAAUUCCUCUUCGCGUUCGCUUGACCUCCAUCACUGGUGAACAGGUAGAUACCACUAUUGGUGAAAUCAAAAAUGACGUCAGUUUUCCAAGCGGAGUGCAGUUCAAAGGAAUUAAGAGCGGAAGCAAACCUUUCAAAUGCUUCGGUCAGGGAGAUAAACACCCGUAUCCUUCUGGCGGGAUGAAGCCUGGUGGUAGCCUGGCCUACCAUCUUAACGUGGUCAUGAGUAUCAUUUGUUCAGCAUCCUUCUGCUUAAUUAGUAUUUGUUUUGUUUGGUUACCAAAUAAAAGCUACACUUAAGGUCAAGAAAUAGAGUGCUGGUGGGAAAUAGGGGGCUGGUGGGUAUGUCGCAGAGUCAGUGUCAAUCCCUGUAUGCCUUUAAUGUGGUUAUCACUUGAGUGGUGAAAGAGAUUCACGUUUGCUUUGGUUUGCAUUAGUACGUUGCGCGAUUGGCUAAAAAAAGUCCCGCCAAUUUGUCAUUCAAUCAGAGGUCAAACCAAAACCAAUCACAACGCGUUCGCGCACGUUUUCCCGCGCUUCGUGUCAGUUACAUGUAUUUGUUUGGAAGAAGAAAGCUGACCAAUCAAAACGUAAAUUGAGAACAACGGACUGGUAGCUUCUCGUGACAGCAAGUAAUAAGGGGUCUGUUUGACAUGAUUACGUAAGUACAGUCGACUCCUUUGCGUUAUAAACACUCUUAGAGAUUCAGUACAUGACGGUGAAUUAUCUUGUUUAUAACUCUCGCUCGAAAAAAAUAGCGUGAAACUCAAUUUGCGACAACUGAACCGCUAUACAGUUGAAUUGAAAAGCGUACAAAAUGUGGGAUGGAAACUAACCAGUCAACUGGCAAAGUUUCCUGAGAGGUUCGCAACACCUCGCAUUUUGUUGGGUUUUCAAUUAAGAUAUAUUAUUCGUUUUCUUCGAUAUAACUGGUUUAUUUAAGAUAAAGAUGGCUAUCCUUUGUUCUCGAGUAAUGUUCUGAUUGGUUAAUUCUUUUCCAAGUGGCCCGGUUCAAGCAGUAAAUAGAGACCUUAAGCACCAGGACGGGAGCCACGCCGACGGCAUACCGGAAGUUUAUUCUCUGUCCCAGUCAUGCGCAGAACCUGAAAAGCUGAUUGCAAUCUGCCGUCGUCCUGACGUUGGCGACGCCACAUUUACUGUUUUGACGUAGAGCGGACAACGUGAUAGUUCAUCGCAAAGUUUUGAGUCCUUUUCUUUGAUUUACCGUAUUUUUUCUUACGACACAUAAAGAAGUACCUUUCUGGUGUUUACUGUAUAAGUUUUUUGAGGAGAAAUUCUGCGAUGAACAUCCCUGAAGCAGAAACAUGCGCUAGCACAUGCCACCAGUCGGCAAAUUCACAGAAUAACACAAGCUCGAAGAAAUCCAUUCGGUAAAAUCUAUUGCAUUUACAUCUUCUGUGCUCUAGUUAUCACUGAUCCAAUUUGAUAUGCUCGCCAUUUGUUUAUGCUGAUAUCUCUCUCUCUCUUUUAUUAUAUAUAUUUACAUUUCUAUUUCUAAAUUGAUGAGAAAGUAAAAUGAUCUUUGUGUAAAAUAAUUUUCAGUGUCGCAAUAAACAUUAUAAACAGCGAAACUGGGACUACUUACCUUUUACUUCAAGGCAAAAUAAAUGUACCUUAUUGUUUACAUUUAACGUCGUUUAAACUUCUUUAGCCACCAGAAAUCGUUUCUAAAACUGAAACUAAAAAAUUUCCACCAAAACUUCCACUCCUCUUCAUCCUUUCUUGAUUGAAAUGCUUUGAACGAGAAAGUUAAGACAAACAGCUUGAAAUGCCCGUUUUAUUGUGAUAAUUCAACAGCUCAGCAGUGUACUGGACCGAAGAGCAUGACAAAUUGAUGUGCCGUGAGAUUCUUGCUGUAGAUCCAUUCGAAGUUGCCGUCGCAGUGUUGCUUAACAUGCUCAGGCGAGUGGAACGCAACGCCGGUCUCGCCCCAGCCUUUACGCGGAUGUGCCGCCGCCGUCGCCAUCUCCCGUCUUAAUGCUUAAGGUCUCUAUUGAUCGAUAGACGGGAACGGGAGCCUGUCAAUCUUUGAAAAUGGUCUCAACCUCCCUUUUUUGUAAAAUUUCAGAAAUAAUUGUAUUUUUUUUCGUUUUGGUGGA